UCAUCGACGAAGAGAACAGAAAGCCUAAUAAUUCGCAUACACAACGUUGGUGUUGUUUACAAAAAGCGGAGAACGAGCGAGCAGGAACGGUGGAACUUUUAUUAUUUCUUGUGAAGGAGGUGCAUGCUGGUGCAAAAAAUGUCUGUUGACAAGAGCUUAGAUGACAAGAAAAAAAGAAAACGUUGGAAGAAAUUGUUAUCUGACAUACAUGAGCAACUAAAAUUCUACUUCAGUGAUGCUAAUUUGAGGAAAGACCGUUUUUUGAAACAAAAAACUGAAUCUAACAAAGAUGGAUAUGUGGCUAUAUCAGUAUUGUUGUCUUUCAACAAGCUGAAGGAAUUGACUACCGAUGCUGAGAUGGUUGCUAGAGCUGUCAAGAAAUCAACUUUCCUCCAGGUCAGUGAGGAUAAAAAACAUUUGCGAAGAAUUAAACCCCUAAUGCCUCCAAAGUAUGAUAUUGAUGAUGUCACUGUUUAUGUUGAGUGCUUGCCUAAAACAGUUGAUCAUAGCUGGUUGCAGAAAGUGUUUGGAAGCUGCGGAAAGGUGACAUAUGUAAGUAUCCCUAGGUACAAGAGCACCGGUGACAUCAAGGGAUUUGCUUUUAUCGAGUUUGAAAAACCAGAAGAAGCAAGGAAAGCCUGUAAAGCUUUGAAUCAUCCACCACCAAAUGUGAUGGAUAAACCAGGGAAAUUCCCAAAGAUGAGAAAAGGCAAGGCAAUCAGCCUAGAUUCGAACCCAGAACCAUAUCAAGUACAAAGACAACGACAGCUGAUGGAAAUGGAACAAAGAUUGAUAAAAGAAGAAAGGCUUGAGAACAAAAAAUAUGAAAAUGAGGCUGACUCUGAAAACAAAGAGCCAGAGAGCGAAAAAAAGAGUAAGAGAAAGAGAAGCCAUGAUGAGGACAAGAGUGGAGAGAAUGUUGCAGAGGCAAAGCAGAAAAAGAAAUGCAAGAAACAAAAAUCAGAAAAAGUUGACAAGAAACUGGGGGAAGUCAAAGAUGAAAGAGAAGAAGAAAGAAAUGAGGAUUUGGAUGAAAAAGAUGGGAAGACUUUAAAAAAGCAGAAGGCAAAGAAAAGGAAAUUGGAGGAUGAAGAGAAAUCAAUUAAUCAAAAGAGAAAAAAGAGUCAUGAUUCAGAUAAAGAGGUAGUGAAUGAUGAAGGAAAAGAUGAUGAUGAAAAGUUAAAAAGGAAAAGGAAGAGGAAGAAAAAUCCACACAAGAUGAAGGAUGGGUGUCAAUAUCAGCUAAGAGUUAUUCCGAAGACAGAAUGGUUGCAAUUGAAGAAAGAAUACAUUAAUCUGCAGAAACAGAGUAAAAUGCAAUUAAAGCACAACAUCAUGGAAAUGGAACUGCAACAGAAGACAGCAAUUCGUGCAUGUCUUCCUAAGAAAGAGCCUAUUAGUGAGACCAAAUCUAAGGAACCAGAGUUCACUCCAGGCACGGUUGUUCGUAUAGUAAGCAAGGAGAGUAUCCCAUCAAGAAAAAAAUUAAGGGAUUACUUAGAAACCAUAGCACCAAUUGCAUACCUUGAUCUUGAGGAUGGUGAUAGUAAAGGUUUUGUCAGAGUAAAGACAGCCCAAGGUGCAAGUGAUGUUAUUGAUAGGCUCAAGGUUGGGAAUGAAAUGUCUGCUAAACUAUUAACAGGUGAGGAGGAGAAACAAUAUUGGGAGAAAUUAAAAGCAGACAGAAUAGCUAGACUGACAAGCAAGACAAAAGGCAAGAAGAAACGAGGUGCUGAUAGGCUAAUGGAUAAAGCGGAAAGGGUGUUGACUGUUGCAUCCCGUUCACACAUCAAGUUUGAAGACUAGAAUGGCGCCCUCUGUCUCUCAUGAUUGAACCUGAUCAAACUGUCAUAAAUUGCCCACAAUACAGUAGAAUGUUUUUUAUGUAUACUGUAUCUCAAUCCAGCAUGUUUUUGUUUUUUUUAAUAUAUAUAUUUUUGAUUUUGUAUCAACAAUGGUUGAGGUUGCUGUAGUAAUGUACAUUACUUCAUAAGUACAUGAUAAUUUUAAUAAAUUCUCUGGUUUUAUUUAAA